UAUUAAAAAAAAAGCAUAUUUGUUUAAAGUGUUAAUGAAUUUAUUAAAAAAGGCACCAAAAUGGAAAAAAUAAUUGAAGUACGAAAUAUGUUCGAGGCAAAGAUUAAGCAAGGAAUACCAAAUCCUCCCGGAGAAUUUGACCAUAGAGAUUUACAAAGAGUAGAUUCGGAUAAAUACAUAAAAAGGAUAUUAGAUCAUUGUGAAAAUAAUACAAAAUCAGCUGCGAAAAUGCUAUGGGAUAUAUUAAUAUGGAGAAAACAGAAUAACGUUUAUAAUAUAAAAGAACAAGUUAAUGUUGAUUAUUUAAAAUCAGGGAUAUUUUUCCCUCACGGAAGGGAUAAAAAUGGUUCAUUAUUGUUUAUAACUAAGUGGAAAUUAUACACAAAAGGACAAAUGAAUACGGAUGAGUUAAAAAAAGUGAUAAUUUACUGGUUAGAAAGAAUGGAAAAGGAAGAAGAUGGUCAUCCGAUAUCUUUAUUUCUGGAUAUGAACGAAUGUGGAGUACGAAACAUGGAUAUCGAUAUAAUAAUGUAUCUAGUAUCCCUUUUGAAGAAUUAUUAUCCGAUGUUUAUUAAUUAUAGUAUAAUAUUUCAAAUGCCGUGGAUAAUGUCAGCUGGGUUUAAAUUAAUUAAAGGGCUAUUCCCAGCGAAAGCUGUUGAAAGAUUCCGUUUCGCGACUAAAGAUAAUUUAAAAGAUCUUGUGGUACCAGACCAAGCUUUAGUCUGUUGGGGAGGGAAUGAUCCGUAUGUUUUUGAAUUCAUACCAGAAGCAGAAUAGAUUACCUAUAUUUUUGGUACCGGUUUUAGCGUUCCUAACGCCUUGGUUAGAUUUUUUCGGUGCCCCCUUUUUUAUGUGCUUUGUGAAUAUACUGCUUGUAUUAGAGCGGACGCACAUUUGACUAAACUCGCAUAAGUGUUGUGCGUUUCUCUAUUGUUUCGCGGCCUUCAACUGUUUACUGCACAAAUAAAUAUCGAGUAGUGUGAGUUGUGCGAUUUUUUCGUCAAAGGAAAUAUAUGAAAAAAUUUAAAACCGUAUGGUUUUUGUUUUUAAAAAUUGUUAAUGAUAUGUUACAAUUUAAUCGAAUAUAUAUAUUAAGACUUGCCAUUAAAGUAAUCAAGACUAUAUAAUAUUUUUUU